AGUAUUAUUUUAGUAUUGGCAACAUUGGCACAUCGCAGCAUCUUCCAGAAAUCAAAAUCCAGAGCUCCCGCGUUUCAGAGUAUUUCCGUUCCCGAUAUUUAUCUAAUCGGGGAACCAGGAAGUUUACGUGGUAUUGUUGACGUGGCGGUUUUCAGCUGGUUCACUGAAAGUCAAAAUGCUGCGAUCGUUGUUCGUUGCUUUGGCCGUGUCGGCGGUAUUUGCCGGCGUCCCAACUCCUGAGGAGACGAAGCGUAUGAUGGGACAUCUCUCAGACGCCGAACAUUUUAAGAACGAGCAUCACAAUAAGCAGUAUGACCAUGACGCUUUCUUGGGCGAAGACCAGGCAAAGGCAUUUGAUCAGCUGCCGCCGGAAGAAUCUAAAAGGAGACUGGGGAUAAUAGCGGACAAGAUAGAUUCAGAUAAGGACGGUUUCGUGACCCUCGUGGAGCUGAAAGACUGGAUCCGGUAUACGCAGAAGCGGUACACGGAGGAGGAUACAGAGAGGCACUGGCGCCAGCACAACCCUGACAACAGCGAGAAGCUCGCUUGGGAGGAUUACAAGAAGAACGUGUACGGCUUCAUGGACGAGAUGAGCGAGAAAGAGAAGAAUACGCCCAACAGCGAAGGAUUCGCGUACGCCAGCCUGCUGAAGAGGGACCGCAGGAGGUGGCACUAUGCUGAUGCGGACCAAGACGGGUCCCUGAACAGGACCGAGUUUGCGGCGUUCCUGCAUCCCGAAGAGAACCCGACCAUGAGGGACGUUGUCGUGCUGGAGACUUUGGAGGACAUCGACAAAGACAAGGACGGUAAAGUGUCCCUCGAGGAGUACAUCGGUGACAUGUACAAGCCGGAGGAUGGAGAGGACGACGAGGAACCUGACUGGGUCAAACAGGAGAGGGAACAGUUCACAGGAUACAGAGACACAAACAAGGACGGCUUCAUGGACGAACACGAAGUGAAAGACUGGAUCGCGCCGCCCGAAUUCGACCACGCGGAAGCCGAAGCGCGCCACUUGGUGUUCGAAGCCGACGCUGAUGCUGACGAGAAGCUCACCAAGGCGGAGAUCCUGGAGAAAUACGACCUGUUUGUGGGUUCCCAGGCUACAGACUUUGGGGAAGCUCUGUCCCGCCAUGAUGAAUUUUAGAGGGUAGUUCGAUAUUGUGGGUGUUGUUUUUAGGAGGGAAGUGUAAUCGAGUGAGGGAUUUCAAUUUGUAAGGAAAUUAAGUGAACUGAUCUUUUACUACAGCAGAUUGAAAAUGGCGUUUGUUGGAGCAACUUUUUACCCCUUUUUUACAACAAAAAAAAAACAGUCUUAUAGAGGGCCAGUGAACGGAAUAUUUUCCGUAUUAUAGAUUUCUUAAUUCAAACAACAUCCACAAUUUUGUAUGAAUGCUGUAUGGAUAUUGUGAUAGAGAUGGGGAAUGGCAACUGAAUCAAUGUAAGCGAGCAAUAUAUUUUUAUAUCUAACGUUAAAGAUUCUUUCCAAUUAGAUAUUUCGCCAUAUUAGUAGAAUCUCUUCGAAAAAUGAAAUAAGAUUAUAAAAAAGAAAUAAGUUUCUAUCUUAUUUCGAUAAACGUCUUAGAUUUUAAGAUAUUUAUGCUCGUUUUCAUCAACCUUUGCUUAUCCUUCCGAUUAUCGAUUAUCCGAUCUUCCGAUUAUCGAUUCCUAACGUUUAAGACCGACAUAGGUAUGUUGCAGCGUAAUUUCGCUUUGAUGUCUAGAAAGAGAAAGAAACAGAAAACCAUUGGCCACUGGUUGAGUGGUAAACUUUAAUAAAUUGAAGUACUUAUAAGGUAGGGAAAAAAAUAAAAUAAAUAAAAUUUUAUAGUCAAGUGGGUACCUAGAGAUGUAAGUAUUCAGAUACAGGCCCAGUCGUCUUCUGCUUGCCGAUUAUCCCGGCCCAGGUGCCAGGGUCUGCCUUCCUACUGCGAUCCUUCCAUUUCGCCCAGUCUUUUGCAUCUUGUUCAGUGACUAAGAUACUCAUCCAGUGUGGGUGGUAUAUGUCUCUCCACAAUAGUGCCAAUAGGAGCCAGACAGCAUAUGCCAAAAGGCUUGUAGCUGAUUUUCCUCUAGACCCUCAGAGAAACGUCAGCCAAAAAACACAUACACGGAAGUGCGUGCGCACACCUGUCUGUCUUCCUCUGAGUUUAGCCGUAUGCUGAGGUUAAGCGAAGGUUGAUGAAAUUGAACUAGUUUCUAAUAACUUUAGACCAAAGCUACGUUCCAUUUUACGUAAUAAUAUUUCCAUUAACUCAGUGAUCUUAUUUGAAUCUUUAUAUUUUUUAUAAAUGUCAGUAUGUAUGCAUUUAAUAAUUUUAUUUUAAAAUUAUCUUUAAGUACUUAUUAAAUAUUUACUGUUAAGUGUACAAGGCAAUAAUGCCGCGCGACAUUGUGCAACGUUUAACACAUUGAACAAGAACAUCAAGAUAGAACAAGAAUUGCUGUUGAGCGUCUAGUGUUGCGCGUCAAAUAUUGUCUGUUGUUAAUAACAUAAAUAAGUGAUGUUAGAACGCGUGUACAUUAUAGACGAUUUAUUAUUGAAGUGAUUUUCAUUCACUUAAAUCUCGAAUAUAAAGCCGUUUUUUGUCUGUAAAAUGAGCGAAUUGCUAGCUAAAUAUCAUAUUCAUACAAUCGAUGAUUUGUGAGAUUACAAUAUAAAGAGCCACAAUACGAGAUUGGCUACAACGUAUGUAUUUUAAAUGAAGCGUCAUUGCUCUUAAUGUCAUAUUAUGUUCAUUAUUAUAUGACCCAUGUAUGUAUUCUCGGCCUAACAUUAAAGCAAUAUUGUAACAUGAAAUCCAAACUAGCAUUUUAUUUUAUACCUCUUCAGUACAAUAUUAUGUACACAGUAUAAUAGCUUUAUUUACAAUAAAUAAUAUUUUGUAA